CCGUGGCGUGUGUACGUCUCGCGCAGCCGUGCAAUAAAAUGGAUGAGUAAAAAUUCGAUUGUCGCAAGAUGAUUACACUAUUUUCGUCGCACGAUCUCAAACGCCUAAGUGUAUUAUGAAUUAAUGGUGACAGUGGGGAAUUUCAUCGAAUGUUCGAGUGUGUGUCAGUGUUCUAUCUAAAAGAUUUUUUUUAAAUCGUGAUAAUAUAAAAACGACGGAGACCGAAUACGAACAUCAAUAUAUCAGCGCUACGACUGACGCUUGGAAGUUUGCGGUAAUUCAUUCUCGUAAUCCGGUGGCUUGGUAAGCUGACACCACUGAAGAGAGGGAUCAUUCAAAGGAUCUCCUUUUGCGGCGUGCUUUCUAAUGAUUUUAUCCAGACGUCUACUUCGAAUAUCAGAUUAUAUAAUGGAAGGAUGCGAAGACUAGAUUGAAGAAGAUGAAAAUAUGAAGUUCCAUAGCUGAAAAUGUAUGUGAAAAGAAUAGUGGAAAUAACAUCCGAGACCGUUAAGAAGAAAAGGAUGGAGAACUUGACGAAUUACAUUCUGAUAAUAAAUCAAUAGCUGAUCUAGUUAGAAUGAUCGUUAAAGAGCAAUCUAUUGUAAGGUGUGAGGUAGUUUGUGAUAAUGAAACUGAAGUAAAGAAAGACAAGCGAGAAAGUUAAAGACUGCCCCUUAUGGAUCAAGUAAACGUUACCCGGAACGAGACCAGCAACGCGACGGGCGUGGAAGAUUCAGAAUGGACCCAAGCGGUUAUGUUCAAGCUGCGAACAGCCGUGCUGUUGCUCAUCGUGAUAAUGGCUGUGCUUGGAAACCUCCUCGUCAUCGUCAGUGUUAUGCGACACAGAAAACUUCGCGUCAUAACAAAUUACUUCGUUGUAUCUUUGGCGUUUGCUGAUAUUCUCGUCGCUAUGGUCGUAAUGCCUUUUAAUUUUAGCGUCCAGUUUUACAAUGAAUGGAUCUUUGGUCCUGUUAUCUGUGACCUUUGGAACUCUUCCGAUGUUUAUUUCACAUCGACUUCAAUUUUGCAUCUGUGUUGCAUAUCAGUGGACAGAUAUUACGCUAUAGUAAAACCUCUCAAAUAUCCCAUUAAGAUGACAAAAAAGAUGGCGUUUGUCAUGUUAGCAGCGACAUGGCUCAGUCCCAUAACAAUAUCCUACGCCCCAAUUUUCAUGGGCUGGUACACAACCAGCGAAUACAUGAGAACCAGGGAGUUAAAUCAAUGUGAAUUUAAAGUGAACAAACCAUACGCUGUCAUAUCCAGUUCAAUAUCUUUCUGGAUACCAUGCACUAUCAUGAUAUUCACCUAUCUCGCUAUCUUCAAAGAAGCAAAUCGCCAGGAGAAAGCUCUUCACGCGAGAGCUGGUAACGCAAUGCUCAUGCAUCGUCAUUCGAGAGAAGUUGGUGAUAAAAACGGCGCAUUGCAUAUCAACGCCACGACUCCCACCAAAGACAGGAAUAUCCUGAAAAUGAAAAGAGAACACAAAGCAGCUAGGACUUUGGGUAUAAUUAUGGGCGCUUUCAUCCUCUGCUGGUUACCGUUCUUCUUGUUCUAUCUGUCGACGUCAUUGUGUGAUUCGUGUACAUAUCCAGAGGUUGUGACUGUGAUCAUGUUUUGGACUGGUUAUUUUAAUUCAGCCUUAAAUCCGAUCAUUUACGCGUAUUUCAACAGAGACUUUCGUAAUGCGUUCAAGAAUACAUUGGCUUGCGCGUUUUGUAGCUUCUGUCGGCGCAGUGCGUCUGACUCAGAUGCUUUGGAACGAUUGGAUAGACGGGGAUCCGCUCAGCUAAGAGUACCUAUCCCAUCAAGGAGGGCAUCAGAUCUCGCGUCCCUUUGAAUAUCGCCGAACUAUGAUCAAGUGACAGCCGUUUGACAGGCCUAGUGUUUCAACGAAAUAUGAUGUACAUAUUCCGAUUAAUGACUGAAUUUUGAACUUUAUAUCGAUUGUUGUAAAUAUCGAUUAAAUAAAUGUCUAUAAUAAAGUUAAUAGUGAAUUGACUAUCGUCUUGUAUUUAAUAUGCAUGAAUCUCAAAGAUUAUUUAUUUUUGAAAUAUAAUUUCAAUUGUGUUGGGUUUUCUAAUAAUUCUUAUAAUAGCUAGAAGGUAUAUAAAUAUAAUAUGGUGUGUAUUUUUUUAAUGUACAUAGUUUUUGUAUAGAUCAUUUUCACAAUAGUAUUAAUUCCAAAGAUAGCCGAUUCGUAGGCCUAAAACAUAAUGUUUCAGAAAUAGACGAGGAGGCCAAAAAUGUAAAUACUAGUUUUAGAGGCUUUAAUUUAUAAAAAUAAUAUAUUACGAUUAUUUAUUUUAGCAAUUAAUAUUUAUAAAUGUUAUCUUAUAAGUAAAAAUUGAUAGCAAUAAGUAG